UCUGGGUGGUUCCCUCUGAACAGGACGGGGGCGGUGCGGGGAGCAGGGCUCUUCCUUCCACAUCUGCAUGGAGAUCGGGAUCCCUCUGCUCAUUUGUACCGGACCUGGACUGAGUCCACACAACCGCACGGGGUCCGGCCCUCUGUGCACCCGCUCUGUGGAAGGUCCUCCUCCUCGCUAGAACUGGAGACCUGGGACCCCUGCACAUCUGUGUGGAGUAGCUAAGACCCUCUCCGCACAUCCAUACGGAAGAACUGAUUGCAGAGCUGUGCCAGCGGCCGAAACUUAGUUAUUGGGGCACUCAGUAAAUAUUUGAUUGAAUAAAGGAAGGAAUGGAAAGACUACCCGUAUGACAGAAAACCAUGCCUUCUGCUACUGCUCCUAGGAUGCCUCUCCUCUUAGCUUUGGCACUUUUGGCCCUUUAAGAUAGAACAGAACAACAGAAUACAUGUGUAGGAAAUUUUUAAAAAGGAGUUCGAAGAAACUAAUGAAAUAGAAUUUUACUAUGUAAUAGAAUUAACUUAACCAAAAGCUGUAUCUUGGAAAAGACUAGUAAAAGAAGCCAAACCUCUGGCAAUAUUGAUUAUGAAAUAAGGAAAAGAAACAGAAUGAUCUUAGGAAUGACAAUAGGGGCAUAGCUUAAGUUACUUGGAGACUAAAGAGAAAGAGGGACUUCAGUGGAACACCCUUUUGACAAUGCUUUUGGACAAUUUUCUAGAAAAAAAACAACAGGAAACUGACUCAAGAAGUUAUGGAAAUUUUGAACACACCUAGGACCAUUGAGGAAUUGAAUUCAUUUAAAAUAUCCCCAUUAAACAAAACAAAAAACCAAAUAAGCAAUUGGAAGAAAUUAUUCUAAUCUUACACAACCUCUCCCUUAAAAAAAGAGAAAACAGUUCCAGUCUAUUUUGUGAUACCAAUAAUCAGACAGAAAGUUACCAGCCAGUCUUCCUUUAUAAAUGUAGUUGUGAAAAUCUCAAAUAAAAUAUUAGCAAUCAGAAGCUAGCAAUAUAUAUAUAAAAAAUAUAUCAUGACCUUUUAUCUCAGGAAUAUGAAAAUGGCUUAAGAUUAGAAAAUCUAAUACAAUUUACAGAUUAAAGGAGGAAAAUAUCCCAUUAGGCGCAGAAAUAGAAUUCAAUAAAAUUCAGUACCCAUCCAUGAAUUUUUAAAAAUUUGAUAAACUAGGGGCACCUGGGUGGCUCAGAUGGCUGAAUGUCUGGCUCUUGAUUUCAGCUCAGGUCAUGAUCUCAGGGUCGUGAGAUCGAUCUCCGCCUCAGGCUCCAAGUGGAGUCUGCUUGAGAUUCUUUCCCUCUGGUCCUGCUCACUCACGCUCUCUCUCUCUCUCUCAAAAUAAAUAAAUAAAAUCUUUAAGGGGUGCCUGGGUGGCUCAGUUGGUUAAGCGUCUGCCUUCAGCUCAGGUCAUGAUCCCAGGGUCCUGGAAUGGAGCUCUGUGUCGGGCCCCCUGCUCAGCAAGGAGCCACCUUCUCCUUCUCCCUCUGCCGCUCCCCCUGCUUGUGCUCACUCACUCUUUCUCUCAAAUAAAUAAAUAAAUAAAUAAAAUCUUAAAAAAAUUUUUUUUGGUAAACUAGAAACAGAGGUAAAUUUCCUUAAACCAACAGAAAGUGAAAUAACAGGAGCAUCCCCUAUGCAAUUAGGAAAAAGAUGAUUGUUUACUAUUGUUGCCGCCAUUCAAGGUUGUACUGAAGGUCCUAGCUAGAACCAUAAGACAGGAGAAAGAAAUACAAAUAAAGUUAGAAAGAAAUAAACAAAAUUAUCAUCAGUUACAGCCUUAUGAUUGUCUAUUUAAAAAGCAAAAGAAUACAGCUCCUUCCUCAGAACGACACCCGUAGAAAGAACCAGUGGUCUUUGGAUAGUGCCCUGUGGGUGCUAAAGUAAGGGGAGGUAGGAAUUGCAAAAGCCAGGCUACAGGGCAGAAUAGCCUAGGAUGACUGAUGAGUAAUGUCUCUGGUGACAGUCAGAACAAGGUCAGGCUCUGGCCUUGCUACUUACCAUCCCUGUGACAAGUUCCUUCCUGAGCCUCAGUUUCCCUUGUACAGUAGGAUUGUAACAAUUGUAUCAGCAACUACAGAAUGAGAUUGUUGUGGAAGUUAAAUGACACCAUUUGUAAAGCAGUUAGCAUAGUGCCUGAUGCAUAGUUAUGUGCUCAAUAAAUGGUAGCUAUAGUAGUAAUUAUUUUUAAACUUUUGGAUUCAGACCCUGCUCUUCUCUGGCUUUUAUUCAUUCCUAGGACAAACACCAUACAGCAUCUACUGUGUGCUGGGUCUGGUGCCUAGUUAUCUGGGGUGCACAGACUACAUCAGAAGGGGGUCCUGCUCUCUUGAAGCUUGAGGACAAGACACACACACGUGAGAGAUGUAAGGGAGUGAGGAAGGGGGCUGCAGCAACCCCUAUGAAAACAGAACAUCCACCUUCACCUUCCCAGCUCCCAAUGUCUGCAGGCAGAUCCCAAGUCCUCAGAAAUUCUCCAGGGGCUUCUAGGGAGGUGGGGCUUGUUCAGCCUGUCCCUAAGAGAGUGGGCAGAGGAGCCUACCCCGAAAACAACUGAAUCUCGGCUUCCCAGCCCCAGCUCAGCAGCGAACUAGCCUCUGGGUUUUAAUGAGCUGCCCUGGGUUAGAAACAGGACGUGACUGUGGCUGGCUCAGACCCUGAAGAUCUUAUUAAAGAAUCAUCUCCCUUGUACUUUGGGCUGAAAUGCUCUUUCCAACCGGGGAUCAAAGCAAACUUGACAAACGUUCUCUCAUUAAUCUCCCCAUCCCCCUGGGGUGGGAGCAGAUCGGUAGCUGUUCUCUCUGGCUCUCAAAGCGGGGAAGCUGAGGUGACAUUGACGUGGUGUGGCUGGUGGAAAGAGCUCCUCACUGGUCAGAUGCAGAGCCGACACCAGGACCCAGGCGUCCCAGCUGCAGCCCUGCCAAGUGUCACCCUACCCACCCCACCCCCACCCUGUGCCCCCAGCGCAGUCUCAGGAAGAAGGAAAACAUCUCAUUAGGCAAACAGUCUGCCUCACUGGCCCUCAGGAGGCGGAGAGGAGAGGACUGUAAAGGUUAUGCGCACUCCGUUGCCAGUGCCCUUUUUAAUUUCCUGCUUAGAAUGUUAGGCUGCUCUGUGGCUCCUCCUCAGCUCAAACCCUCCCCGUGGGGAGCUUGGCACUGCCAUUAAGCCACACAGCGUAGCCCUAGAUGGUGGGGCCAGGCACCACCCUCCGCCCUCACUUCUCUGGGUACAAGAGUGGGGCUCCCUGGGGGCAGGAAUGCAAAGAUGGGAGACAGGGACUCUCUCCGGGUGUUGAAAAUUAGGUACAGUCCAUAUAUCUGAAAGUGUUUGCAGAAUACGUAAUGCCAGUUGCAUAAAAGGGAUUAUAAUUAUUAUACAAACAUAUGGGAAUAUUACAACAAUGUGAUCAUGAGGACGUAAUAUAUAAUAUCAUUAUAAGGCAGAGUAGAGCAGGUUCUGCAGUCAGACUGCCUGGGUUGGAACCAAGCUCCAUCACUUACUAGCCCUGGGAUCUUGGGAAAGUUGCUUACCCCUCUCUGUCUCAAUUUUCUCGUUGAAAAAUGAGUCUAAUAAUAGUAUCUGUCUUGUGGGAUUGCGAUGGAGCUGAAAAGGAGAUGGUACGCAUAAGGUGCUUAAAACAGCCCCUGCCAUAGAGAGCACUUAGCUCUUCUGUUUAUUGUGGCAAUCCGAUGGCUGGGACAGGGAAAGAAAUACGCAAUGUAACAAGAUGAUUAUUGGUUGAUAUCUUUCCCUUAUUCUGCUUGAGGAAGAAAUUAAGACGUGUGGGGGUAGGGGACAAGAGUUUCAAAUCAGCUCAAUUCUGCCUCAUUCUCAAAGGAAAACCCAAGUUACUUACUGGAGUAUUAGGGAGAAAUCUCACUUUUCUUUGCUGAAUGACCUGGGUCCUAUCAGUGGGAUCUAAUCUUUCCCGGGAAAACAUUCAUCUAUUCAUAUCCCUCAGAAACAGCCCCUGUUCCUUAGCGCUGUUAAUAUAUCCCAAGAGUUGGGCUGAACUUUUCCAGGAUAGCCAUGACUCCUGCAUUCCAGAAAUUCCAUCUCUACCCUUGGUAGGCUGGCUUGAAAGAGAAAUGAAAAAAGCAGGGAGAGAGGUGUGAGGGGGAUACAAGAGGGAAUAGAUAAAUGUUUGGAAAUAUUACCAGGUCAACAUUAGGAAAUCUGUCUAUGUCACCCCCUGUAUUAACAGAUUAAAGGAUGGAGCACCUGGCUGGCUCAGUUGGUGGAGCAUGGGACUCUUGAUCUCAGGGUCGAGAGUUUGAGCCCCACAUUGGGUAUAGAGCCUACAAAAAACAAAAAGAAAAACAACCCCCCCAAAAAAACAGAUUAAAGGAGAAGCACUGUUAUCAUCUCAGCCCACGCCAAAAAAGCAUUUGAUAAAAUUUAAUGCCCAUUCCUAAUGGGCAGUGGAGGGUAGGGAACUAAAUAAAGAAGAGCUAAAAAUAGAAAGUAACUGUCAUUAUUUGCAAACUACAAAAUCAUUUAAUUGAAAAACCUAAGCGAAUCAAUGACAAUCUAUUAGAUCAGUUAUGUGGCCAGAUACAAGAUCUGCAUCCAGAAAGCAGUUGCUUUCCUAUAUUCUGGCAAAUAAAAAAAUGAAUUAGAAAAUGUAAUUUUAUUUAUUUUUUAAAGAUUUUAUUUUUUUUAAGAUUUAUUUAUUUUAUUUUGAGAGAGAGCAUGUGUGUGUGUGUGAGAGAGAGAGCAGGGGGAGGGGCAGAGGGAGAGGAGAAUCCCAAGCAGACAUGCUGCUAAGCAGGGAGCCUGACACAGGGCUCAACCCUGAGAUCACAGCCUGAGCCAAAGUCAAGAGUCAGACACUCAACCAACUGAGCCACCCAGGCGCCCCAUUAAAGAUUUAAAUUUUAAGUAAUCUCUACAGCCAGUGUGGGGCUCGAACCCACAGCCCUGAGAUUAAGGGUCGCACGUUCCACUGACUGAGCCAGCCAGGCUCCCCUGAAAAUGCAAUUUUAACAAAGGGCCUAUUCACAAUAUAAUAAAGACUAGACAAUAACCAGUAAUAAACCUAUCAAGAAAUAGACAAAACUCAUGUGAGGAAAGCUAUGAAAUUUUACUAAGGAUUAUAAAGGGAAUAAUGAAAAGAGAUACAAUGUUCCUAGAUAGAAAGGCUUGAUAUUGUAAAGAUGUCAGUUGUCCUCAUAUUAAUUUAUAAAUUCAAAAUAAUCCUAAUUAAAAUCUUAAGCAGGUUUUUUUCACAGAAUUCUGUAAGCUGAUUCCAAAAUCAUAUGCAAGACCAGAUGCCCAAGAACAGUCAAGAAAAAGAACAAGGUGUCGCCAUGGUGACGCUGGUGGAGGACAGCAAGGUGCGGGUGGUGGUGCGGGUCCGGCCCCCCACCCCGCGGGAGCUGGAGAGUCAGCGGCGGCCUGUGGUUCAGGUGGUGGAUGAGCGGGUGCUGGUGUUUGACCCUGAGGAGCCCGACAGGGGCUUCCUUGGCCUGAAGUGGGGCAGCACCCAUGAUGGCCCCAAGAAGAAGGGCAAAGACCUGACGUUUGUCUUUGACCGGGUCUUUGGUGAGGCGGCCACCCAACAGGACGUGUUCCAGCACACCACCCACAGCGUUCUGGACAGCUUCCUCCAGGGCUACAACUGCUCAGUGUUUGCCUAUGGGGCCACGGGGGCUGGGAAGACCCACACCAUGCUGGGAAGAGAGGGGGACCCCGGCAUCAUGUACCUGACGACCAUGGAACUCUACAGGCGGCUUGAGGCCCACCAGGAGGAGAAGCGGUUCGAGGUGCUCAUCAGCUACCAGGAGGUGUACAAUGAGCAGAUCCACGACCUCCUGGAGCCCAAGGGGCCCCUUGCCAUCCGGGAGGACCCCGACAAGGGUGUGGUGGUGCAAGGACUCUCCUUCCACCAGCCCACCUCAGCUGAGCAGCUGCUGGAGCUGCUGACCAGGGGGAACCGCAACCGCACGCAGCACCCGACCGACGCCAACGCUACUUCGUCCCGCUCCCACGCCAUCUUCCAGAUCUUCGUGAAGCAGCAGGACCGGGUUCCAGGCCUGACUCAGGCCCUUCGAGUGGCCAAGAUGAGCCUGAUUGACCUGGCCGGUUCGGAGCGGGCCUCCAGCACCCAUGCAAAGGGGGAGCGGCUGCGGGAGGGUGCCAACAUCAACCGUUCCCUGCUGGCCCUCAUCAAUGUCCUCAAUGCCCUGGCCGACGCGAAGGGCCGCAAGACUCACGUGCCCUACCGGGACAGCAAGCUGACCCGUCUGCUCAAGGACUCCAUUGGGGGCAACUGCCACACGGUCAUGAUCGCUACCGUCAGCCCCUCCAGUCUGACCUACGAGGACACCUACAACACCCUCAAGUAUGCCGACCGCGCCAAGGAGAUCAAGCUCGCGCUUAAGAGCAACGUGAUCAGCCUGGACUGUCACAUCAGCCAGUAUGCCACCAUCUGUCAGCAGCUGCAGGCUGAGGUGGCCGCCCUGAGGGAGAAGCUCCAAGUAUAUGAGGCGAGAGCCGGAGCCCCACCGCAGGACCUCCUGAAAUCCCCCAAAUCGGGCCCUUCCCAGCAACUGCUUCCCAGCUGCCCCUCACCAUCCCGCCUUUCCAGCCAGCCCUGCACCCCAGAGCUCCACCCAGGGUCUGCCGUCCUUCAAGAGGAGAGCCUGGGGCUAGAGACCCAGGUAGGGAGGGUCGUGGAAGGGAACUCUCCAGACCAGGAGCUGCCCCAAGAAGAUAAGGACAAAGGCCCAGUGGAGGAGGAGGUUCCAAUCCAGGUACCAGAGCAGACCCUCAGACACUCACUGCCAAGGUCCCCUGGCCUGAGCCUGCAGCCCAAGCCAGAUGUGGGCUGCCUCUCACCACAGAACUUGGACAGGGACCAUUCUAAGCAGUUGGCCCUGAAGGUGCUGUGCCUGGCACGGCGACAGCAGUCCCUGCUUCAAGCGGCCAAGCUGCUGACCCCCGACAUGAUCGCAGAGUUUGAGACCCUGCAGCAGCUGGUGCAGGAGGGAAAAGCUGAACCGGGUGCAAAGGCCUCAGGCGCACCUGGCCAGGCCAGGGAGGCACCUCUGGAGCCGUGUCCUGAGUCAGAUUCUCCAGGCUAUUCUGGCCCCGUGACCCGGACCAUGGCAAGGCGACUGAGUGGCCUCAUGCACACCCUGGGGGUCCUACCAGGGCCUGACUGCACCCCAGCCCAGGUAUCCCGGCGGCCCACAGAGAAGAAGAGGAGGAGGAGACCAAGCCCCUCGGAGCCUGACAGCCCCCCAGCCCCGAAGCCGGGGACCAAGCGCCAGCGCCAGUCCUUCCUGCCCUGCCUGAGGAGGGGGUCCCUGCCUGAGGCUCAGCCUUCACUCGGGCCCACCCCCCCCAAAGGGGGAAAGGCCUCCUCCUCGUCCUGCCACUCCCCUCGCGUCUGCCCAGCCACAGUCAUCAGAAGCCGGGUGCCCCUGGGCCCCUCUGCUGUGCAGAACUGCUCCACCCCUCUGGCCCUGUCUGCUCGGGACCUCAACACCACUUUUGAUCUCUCAGAGGAGGCCCCCUUGAAGCUGGGUUUCCACGAAUGUGCUGGCUGGGAGAAUGCCCCCCAAGAGCUGAACAGGCUGGAUCAGCCCUUCAUCCCCAGUGGACCUGAGUCCCUGUUCACCGUGAAAGGCCCCAAACCAACAUCUUCCUUCCCUGGGACCUCAGCCCGCAAGAAGAGGCGAGCUGCCAGUUCCUCAGUCUCCCGCUCACUGGGAGUGGCCCGAGGUCGCAGCCGCAUCGCGCGCCUCCCCAGCAGUACCUUGAAGAGACCAGCUGGGCCCCUCUUGAUCCCAGCCAACUGGCCUGCAGAGCCCCCUUCCAGUCCCCGCUGCCCUGGCAACCAGCAGGAACUGAUGGGGAUUGGGGGAGCCCUGUCAUCUGGGAGCUGUGUCGCCAAGGUAUCCUGACCCAGCGGCCCCUCAUGGCCCCCAGAACUGCCUGCACCAGGAGCCCUGGCUCGGAGCAGUUAAUGCCAAUACCCUCUUCUUUUAUUAACAUUCGUCGCCAGCCAUUCAUCCUGCUACCUGCCCUCUUUAUCAAUCUCUUGUUAUACUCAGCUUCUCAGCAUGUAUGUAUUCAUCUCGAAUGGUAACAUUUUAAAGGUGCAGCCAUCGGGACGCCUGGGUGGCUCAGUCAUUAAGCGGCUGCCUUCAGCUCAGGUCAUGAUCCUGGGGUCCUGGGAUCAAGCCCCGCGUGGGGCUCCCUGCUCAGCGGAGAGCCUGCUUCUCCCUCUCCCUCUGCCUGCCACUCCCCCUGCUUGUGCUCUCUCUCUCUGUGUCCAAUAAAUAAAUAAAAUCUUUUUAAAAAUAAAGAAAAGAAAAAAGAAAAAAAUAAAGGUGCAGCCAUCAUACCCCCCUUCCCCCAGUUCACAAUGCUCUCCAUGCAAGCAGGUGGCUUUGGGGGUCUUUGCUCCCCACCUCCCAUCUGACAGAGGGCUCUGUGCACUCAUGGCCUCUGUGCAGUGCGGAAGGGAUGCGGACGUGGCGGGGGCUCCCAGCUCGACUCUCCCUGGUUGAUGAGAGAGGGAGGCACCUUCAGCCUCAUCCCUGCAGCCUGGAGCAGGGGCCCCAGCCCCAGGUCACCAUCCUGGUGAUGAUGCAGAUGAUAGUAGUGUCUUGAUUUCCAAAUGAAGACAGCUUUAUUGUUUUUGCCCUAUUGUGAGCAGGAUGCAUACUCUGUGUAAAAAGAAGUAUAAAGGGGCGCCUGGGUGGCUCAGUUGGUUAAGCGACUGCCUUCGGCUCAGGUCAUGAUCCUGGAGUCCCUGGAUCGAGUCCCGCAUCGGGCUCCCUGCUCGGCAGGGAGUCUGCUUCUCCCUCUGACCCUCCCCCUUCUCAUGUACUCGCUCUCUCUCAUUCUCUCUCUCUCAAAUAAAAAUAAAUAAAUAAAUCUUUUUAAAAAAAAAAAGUAUAAAGAAGAAAGGGACAUUCAGCUUUAAUGCUCCCACCUGGAUGUCAGCGCUGUUAAUACUCGGGUUUCUAUCCUCUGAUCCUUU